AAAAGCCAAAGGUCGUGUUAUCCACCUUCACCGGUGCAGAUCCCGAUGCAUGGCUCAACCAGGCUGUCCAAUAUUUUGAGCUGAAUGAGAUCGAAGGAAACGAUCGGGUAAAGUACGCUGCUUACUAUCUUGAUGGAGAAGCCAACGUGUGGUGGCAGUGGCUUACAAGCGUCUACCGUGGCCGACGACAAGUCAUCAGGUGGAACGACUUCGAGCGUGAGUUACUUACACGUUUCGGAACAUCCGACUACCACAACUACAAUGAGGCGUUAUCACGCAUACGGCAGACAGGAAGCUUGCGCGACUAUCUAAAGGAGUUCGAGCAAUUGGCAUGUCGCGUACGAGGCUGGCUCGAAACCGCGUUGGUGGGAGCAUUUAUUGGAGGGCUGAAGUUCGACCUAGCUGCAGAGGUGCGGUUAGAGCGGCCCGAAUCGAUGCAUGCGGCUAUGGAGGUUGCUCGACGCCGAGAUGACCACCUCACCGCCACUCGAAGGGGACGGACGGAC